AAGGCUCAGAGGGACGCAUUUGCUCUCUCCUGAUCUCCACUGUAGCCUGCCUGAGCUUUCUUGGGAAGGGAAGGACAGAACCCAGCCCAGUAACCAUGUCGAGGUCUGUACGUUUCAGCUCCUACUCUACUGCCCCUACAGGGGGCUUUAGACAGGCCCGAGUCAGCACUGUCUCCUCAACCCGUGGCUUGGGCGGGGGUCCCGGCUUGGGAAGGGCAGGUGGCUUUGGCAGCUCCAGUCUCUAUAACCUAGGCUCUGCCAACAAGAGGAUUUCGCUGGGUGGUGGAGGCAGCUCCUACAGCGUCCACUCUGGAUAUGGCCUCGGCUCUGGGUACGGCGCAGGAGCUGGUGGUGGGUUCGCACCUGCCGGCAUCCAAGAGGUGACCAUCAACCCGAACCUCCUGGUGCCCCUCAACGUGCAGAUCGACCCCACCCUCCAGACGGUCCGUAAAGAGGAGAAGGAGCAGAUCAAGACCCUCAACAACAAGUUCGCCUCCUUCAUCGACAAGGUCCGCUUCCUGGAGCAGCAAAACAAAGUGCUGGAGACCAAAUGGAGCCUUCUGCAGGACCAGAAGACCACCCGCAGCAACAUCGCUCCCAUGUUCGAGGCCUACAUCAACAACCUGCGUAAGCAGCUAGACGGGUGGCUGAAUGACAAAGGCCGCCUGGAGGGCGAGCUGAAGAACAUGCAGGAUCUUGUGGAGGAUUUCAGGAACAAGUAUGAAGAUGAAAUCAACAAGCGCACGGCAGCAGAGAAUGAGUUUGUCAUUCUGAAAAAGGAUGUCGAUGCCUCCUACAUGAACAAGGUGGAACUGGAAGCCAAGGUAGAUGCCUUGACUGAUGAGAUCAACUUCCUGAGGACUCUCUACGAAGCAGAACUUCGUGAGCUGCAGGCACAGGUCUCUGACACCUCUGUGGUCCUCACCAUGGACAACAACCGAAACCUGGACAUGGACAGCAUCAUCGCUGAGGUCAAAGCACAGUACGAGGAAAUGGCCAAGAAGAGCCGAAUGGAAGCUGAGUCCUGGUACCAAACCAAGUUCGAGACGCUGCAGGCCACCGCGGGGAAACACGGCGAUGAACUGCGCAACACCAAGACUGAGAUCACGGAGAUUAACCGCAUGAUCCAUAGACUGCAGGCUGAAAUUGACAACGUGAAAAGCCAGCGCGCCAAGCUGGAGGCAGCCAUUGCUGAGGCUGAGGAACGUGGCGAGAGGGCCAUCAAAGAUGCCAUGGCUAAACAGGAGGAGCUGGAGGCUGCCCUGAAUAAAGCCAAGCAGGACAUGGCACGUCAGCUGCGGGAGUACCAGGAGCUGAUGAACGUCAAGCUGGCGCUGGAUAUCGAGAUCGCCACCUACAGAAAGCUGCUGGAGGGAGAAGAGAGCAGGUUGGCUGGAGACCACGCUGGGAAUGUCAGCGUCUCUGUGGUCAAUUCUAGCGCCGGAGGUGGAUACAGCAGCGCGGGUGGGUAUGGCUUUGGAGGAGGAAUCGGCCUGGGAAGUGGAAUGGGCAGCGGGGGACUCUCCUUCUCCUCCGGCGGGAGCCCUGGUGGUGUGAAAGCAUACUCUCUGAGAACAACCUCUUCCAGCAGAAGAAGUGACAGGAACUAAGCUCUGAAAACCAAGCCCAUCACUGCCAGAAUUUGAGUAGAAAAUAAAUAAAUGGCAUAGAAAGAAAAAGGUUUUAUUGUCUCCUGACAGCCAAAGUGGUUGCAAAAUGCUGCAGUGAUGAAUGAAAUGCCAGUAAGAUACAUCACGGUGCAUGACCCCACCACAGAUAGCCCAGGGCUUGACUCUGCCCCAUUGAGCUUCGCCACCAAGAGCAGGGUCCAGGGUGAAAUUCAUCCCUGUGCAGAGGACAGGAUAAUGCCUAUAUGUGACUUAAGUCUUGCUAUAGCCCUCGGGCUGGUUCUCUGCAUGAAGGUGAAUUUCACCCACCCAAAGGCAAAACCAUUUGAACAUCAAGUUUUUCUAAAUUUCUGCUGGGAUUUUUCAAAUGAGCCCAAGCGAAUAAGGUGCUAAACUUCCACUGAAUAGGAUUUGGGAACCUAACCCCCCUAGGCUGUUUUGAAAACCCCAGCUCUUAGUUAAGAAUCCAUAAAUGGUCCUAUUUUUGUUAAAAAAAGAAAUUGGCUAAAAUUUCAAGGAUUUUCUUUCUUUCUUUCUUUCUACAGAAAAAAAGUGCAGACAGAUUUAAAUUUGGCUCUUUAAAAUACAGAAAUUCACGCACACACAGUGGAGUUUGAAGGGCAUAAAAUUGCCCAAAAUUAAAUGUCCCAAAAAUUACUUUAAAUUUUGCAAUACAUUCCCCAGCCUUGGGCCUCUCUUCAGGCCACUCUUUUUUCAGUCUGGUACGCUGGAUCAAAAAUAAAUAACUUCCAUUUCUUUCCACCAUUCCGAGAGAAUACAUGGUGCUAUGGCCCAUAAGUACAAACUGCAUUGACAAUCUUUGUUUAAAAGCAUGCAGAGGGUGGCAAUUAAUUAGUUUCACCACAAAAUAUAAGCAAUAUGGUUACUACAUUCUUUUCUCACUUACACCGGUGCAAAUCAGGAGUAACUCUAUUAAAACCACUGGAAUUGUAUAGAUAAUAAACAUGAGGCAAGUGAGAGGAGAACCAAGCCCAAAGAGCUUGUCUAUGGUAGAAAUAUUUAGGGACUCUUGAAUCUUGUAUUGUCAUUAUAUGUGUGCAAAGUGCUGUCAAAUCAGACCGGUGAAGUUUGACACUCUGCAAUUCCUUUGCUUAAGUGUAAAUGAUGAUA